UAAUUAUUAUUAUUAAUACUAAAAAUAAAUUAAAUGAAAUCAAGAGAUUAGAAAUCAGUAGAAAGAUAGAUAAAUCCAGCUCCUACUGUCUGUAUCUAUAAUCACGCGACACAGAGAGAGAGAAAGAGAGAAAUCAAAGAAACGGGAUAUCGGCAAUGGGUUGCUGUCCGCCGAUGGAUCUGUUCCGGUCGGAGGCGAUGCAGUUGGUGCAGCUCAUUAUUCCUAUUGAGUCUGCUCAUCUCACCGUCUCUUAUCUCGGUGACCUUGGUCUCCUUCAAUUCAAGGAUCUCAAUUCCGAGAAGAGCCCUUUUCAGAGAACUUAUGCUGCUCAGCUCAAAAAAUGUGGAGAGAUGGCUCGGAAAUUACGCUUUUUCAAGGACCAAAUGGAGAAAGCGGGUGUCUUCCCUUCAUCAAAGUCUACGACUCGAAAUGAUAUCAAUAUGGAUGGCCUAGAUAUAAAACUUGGAGAACUUGAAGCAGAGCUGGUUGAAAUGAAUGCGAAUAAUGAUAAAUUACAACGGACUUAUAACGAGCUUAUAGAAUAUAAACUUGUUCUUCAUAAGGCUGGUGAAUUUUUUUCUUCAGCAUUAAGCAGUGCAACCUCUCAGCAGAGGGAACUGGAAUCAGGUCAAGUUGGUGAAGAAUCACUAGAGACUCCUUUGUUAGGAGAUCAAGAAAUAUCAACUGACUCAUCAAAGCAAGUAAAGUUGGGGUUUCUCACUGGUCUUGUUCCCAAAGACAAGUCUAUAGCAUUUGAGAGGAUUAUAUUCCGUGCUACCAGGGGCAAUGUAUUUCUCAGGCAGGCUGCUGUUGAGGAACCUGUUAUCGAUCCUGUUUCAGGGGAGAAGAUUGAGAAAAACGUAUUUGUUGUCUUCUUUUCUGGAGAAAAAGCUAAAACAAAAAUACUCAAAAUAUGUGAAGCUUUUGGGGCAAAUCGUUAUCCUUUCACUGAGGAUCUUGGCAAGCAAAAUCAGAUGAUUACUGAGGUCUCUGGAAGACUCUCAGAAUUGAAGACUACCAUAGAUGCAGGAUUACUUCACAGGAGCAAUUUGUUGCGGACUAUUGCCGAUCAAUUUGUGCAGUGGAAUUCUAUGGUAAGGAAGGAGAAAUCCGUAUACCACACUCUAAACAUGCUUAGUCUUGAUGUGACAAAAAAGUGUCUUGUUGCUGAGGCAUGGAGUCCUGUUUUUGCCUCAAAGCAGAUCCAGGAAGCAUUGCAUCGAGCUGCAUUUGAUUCCAACUCACAGGUUGGGGCCAUUUUUCAGGUGUUGCACGCAAAGGAGUCACCACCUACAUACUUCCGCACAAAUAAGUUUACCUCUGCAUUUCAAGAAAUUGUUGAUUCAUAUGGGGUGGCCAAGUAUCAAGAAGCAAAUCCUGGUGUAUUCACAAUCGUUACAUUCCCUUUUCUUUUUGCUGUCAUGUUUGGUGAUUGGGGACAUGGAAUAUGCUUGUUACUUGCAACUUUAGUCUUUAUAAUCAGGGAAAAGAAACUUUCCAGCCAGAAACUUGGGGAUAUCACUGAAAUGACCUUUGGGGGUCGAUAUGUUAUCUUGUUGAUGGCCCUCUUCUCAAUUUACACUGGUCUAAUCUACAACGAAUUCUUCUCAGUCCCCUUUGAGCUAUUUGGACGCUCAGCAUAUGCAUGCCGUGACCUUUCUUGCAGGGAUGCUACUACGGAUGGGUUGAUUAAGGUGGGCCCUACUUAUCCAUUUGGUGUGGAUCCUGUAUGGCACGGCACUCGUAGCGAGCUUCCAUUUCUCAACUCUUUGAAGAUGAAAAUGUCAAUCCUUAUUGGAGUUGCUCAAAUGAAUCUUGGAAUUAUACUGAGUUACUUCAAUGCAUUAUAUUUUAGAAAUAGCUUGAAUACCUGGUUUCAAUUCAUUCCCCAAAUGAUAUUUUUAAACAGCUUGUUUGGCUAUUUAUCACUCCUUAUAAUUCUAAAGUGGUCUACUGGUUCACAAGCUGAUUUAUACCAUGUAAUGAUAUACAUGUUCUUGAGUCCAACAGAUGAGUUGGAGGAAAACCAACUUUUUCCUGGGCAAAAAACAGCUCAGCUUGUUCUAUUAUUACUGGCUCUUGUUUCUGUACCAUGGAUGCUGCUUCCAAAGCCUUUGCUUCUGAAGAAGCAACACCAAGAUAGGCACCAAGGCCAAUUAUAUACACCACUUCAGAGCACUGAAGAGUCCCUUCAGGUGGAGGUGAACCAUGAUUCCCAUGGUCAUGAGGAGUUUGAAUUCAGCGAAGUGUUCGUACAUCAGUUGAUACAUACCAUUGAGUUUGUACUUGGAGCAGUCUCGAACACAGCUUCUUACCUGCGUUUGUGGGCACUCAGUCUUGCCCACUCAGAGUUGUCAAGUGUAUUCUAUGAGAAGGUUCUUCUCCUUGCUUGGGGGUUCAACAAUGUAAUCAUCCUCAUUGUCGGCAUCAUCGUCUUUAUUUUUGCAACUGUUGGUGUGUUGCUGGUGAUGGAAACUCUCAGUGCCUUCCUCCAUGCUUUGCGUCUUCAUUGGGUGGAAUUCCAAAACAAAUUCUACGAGGGAGAUGGUUAUAAAUUCCAUCCCUUUUCAUUUGCAUUGGUUGAUGAUGAAGAGGAAUGAUGCAUUGAACUAAACCGUGAUUGGGAUUGAAGAUAAUGGUGCUCAAUGUGUAUAGGUAUGGACUUUGUGUUGAUUUAUUCAUUUGAACAUGAUCAGAAGUGAUUGUUAUGAAUAUUGUAGGGGGAGCUGUUGAAGCUUCCUACCAUCUUGAGCAUUGCUCCUUUACCUUCCAGUUAUUAGUUCUUUUGGAAGGCAUAAGCAGUUCCAUGUUUGGCAGGCUAGUUUGUGGAAAACAUUUAUACCCUGCACAUGAUGUAUGUCAUGGUGGUUCUGGCCGAGUGUAAUAAUUAGAAUAUUUAAUUUAUUUCAACGUUUUAUUUAUUGCUUUAUUUAAAAUAAAUAAAGGUGUGGCCUUUUUGGAA